CGUGGGGGCAUCUGCUUGGAGAGUUUGGCGAUUCCAGACAAAAUGUGAUCCAUAGCCUCAAAGAAUAAACGUUUUGUUGUUUCCACUUUCCCAAGUGCUAUUCACUUUGCAAGACAAUUGCUUCGCUCAAAUUUUUCAGUUUAACUCAGUGAACCUGAAAGUGUUUUUAAUUGAAAAAAAAAAUGGAGAUCGAUGAGGUAGCGGAGCUAGAACGUCUGUCCCUGGUAUCAAAAAUCUGCGCUGAAUUGGAAAAUCAUUUUGGUCAGAACGACGAUCACAAAGUUCUCGCUCAAUUCAUUAUCCACCUCUCCAAGAAGAACACAACCUUCGAGACAUUCAAGAAAGCCCUCAUUGAAAAUGGUGCAGACACAUUCUCCGAUUCCUUCAUCUCCAAUAUUCUCCGUAUAAUCCAGCACAUGAAGCCGUUAAAAGAAGUUCCAAAUCCAGUGAUCAAGAGCAAGCAGGAUGAAUUGGCGUGUAAAUUUCCGGGUUUAGCAGCAGCUAAUCAAGCCCCCGUACCAGCAGACGAUGUUGAUAUCGUGGAUGAUGCGAUGGCUUCGCUCGAGGAAUUUGCCCCAUCGUCUCUUCAAACCAACGGUGAAAGUGAACCAGUGGUAAAAUCCAGGGAAACACCAGAGAAAAAAGAGAACUCUAGGCGUGAACGUUCACGAGAUCGCUCGAAAGACAGAAAACGAAGAUCUAGGAGUCCCUCUCGACGAGACAGACGACACAGAUCUCGAUCUGUUGAUCGCUCAAAACACAGACACCGAGAUAAACACUCGAGGGAUCGAUCCAGAUCCAGAGAACGGAGUCGUCGUUCUCGUGAUCGAUCGAGGUCUAGGGAUCGAGAUCGACGUCGUCGUAGAUCUCCAGAUCACCCUCGCAAACAUAAUUCUCGUGAUUAUUACAGAGAUUCAAGACACAAACGUAGUCGUUCACGUUCACGCUCCAAUGAGGAAGUUAUUCCGAUGGAUCCAGAAGUGGGUAAAGUCUACACUGGAAAAGUAGCUAAUGUCGUGCAGUUUGGAUGCUUCGUCCAGCUGGAGGGUCUCAGACGAAGAUCCGAGGGUCUAGUUCAUAUUUCUCAACUGAGAAGGGAAGGAAGAGUGGCCAGCGCCAGCGAUGUUGUAUCCAAGGGUCAGAAAGUUUAUGUAAAAGUCCUCAGUGUUGCUGGACAGAAGAUAUCUCUCAGUAUGAAAGACGUUGAUCAAGACUCUGGACGUGAUUUGAAUCCUAUUCUGGCGAUCACUAGAGCUGAAGAGGAUGAGAAGCACUUGAGAAAUCCAGAUCGACCGACUUCCUUGUUGGAACUCGAGGGAAAUCUCGAGGAGGACGAGACCUACUCACGACCUCGUGUUCAACGUCUCUCUUCUCCGGAGAAAUGGGAAAUAAAGCAGAUGUUGGCUGCAUCGUGUAUUGACAGGAGUGAACUUCCAGAAUUCGACAUGGAGACUGGAGUUUUGCCUCGUGAGGACGAUGAGGAAGAGGACGUGGAGAUUGAACUCGUGGAGGAAGAGCCACCAUUCCUCCAUGGCCAUGGGCGUGCACUUGGUGAUCUCAGUCCAGUUAGAAUCGUAAAAAAUCCUGAUGGAUCUUUGGCACAGGCUGCUAUGAUGCAGAGUGCACUGGCUAAAGAACGGAGGGAGCAAAAAAUGCUGCAGAGAGAGCAGGAAAUGGACUCAGCGCCAACAGGAUUGAAUAAAAAUUGGGUGGACCCUCUGCCGGAUGCUGAGAGUCGUCAAGUUCCUUCCAACAUGAGGGGAAUCGGUCUCCAGACUCAGGAUCUUCCUGAGUGGAAAAAGCACGUAAUUGGAGGUAAAAAAUCGUCAUUCGGAAAGAAAACAAAUCUCACAUUGUUGGAGCAGCGCCAGAGCUUACCGAUUUAUAAAUUGAGAGAUGAUUUAGUCAAGGCUGUCACUGAUAACCAGAUUCUAAUAGUCAUUGGGGAGACUGGCUCUGGAAAAACAACACAAAUAACUCAGUAUUUAGCAGAAGCUGGAUUUACAUCUCGAGGAAAAAUCGGUUGCACACAGCCAAGAAGAGUUGCCGCAAUGUCAGUGGCUAAGAGAGUUGCUGAGGAGUUUGGAUGUCGUCUGGGGCAGGAAGUUGGAUACACGAUUCGUUUUGAGGAUUGCACAAGCCCUGAGACUAAUAUUAAAUACAUGACAGAUGGUAUGUUGCUUAGAGAAUGUCUUGUGGAUCUAGAUCUCAAAAUGUACUCAGUAAUUAUGUUGGACGAGGCCCAUGAACGUACCAUUCACACUGACGUUCUCUUUGGAUUAUUGAAACAGGCAGUGGGUCGACGUCCAGAUCUCAAAUUAAUCGUCACGAGUGCAACCCUCGAUGCCGUUAAAUUUUCCCAGUACUUCUUCGAGGCUCCGAUUUUCACGAUUCCUGGGAGGACAUUUGAAGUUGAAGUUAUGUACACUAAAGAGCCAGAAACUGAUUACUUAGAUGCCGCAUUGAUUACAGUAAUGCAGAUUCAUUUGCGAGAACCACCUGGUGAUAUUCUAUUAUUCUUGACUGGUCAGGAGGAGAUCGACACAGCUUGUGAGAUUUUGUAUGAGAGGAUGAAGUCACUCGGCCCUGAUGUACCUGAACUCAUUAUCCUACCUGUUUAUUCAGCCCUACCCUCUGAAAUGCAGACCAGAAUUUUCGAACCUGCACCGCCUGGAUCGAGAAAAGUCGUUAUAGCAACAAAUAUCGCUGAAACAAGUUUAACAAUCGAUGGUAUUUAUUACGUAGUCGAUCCAGGAUUUGUUAAACAAAAAGUGUACAAUUCAAAAACUGGAAUGGACAGUCUUAUCGUGACGCCAAUCAGUCAAGCAGCUGCCAAACAACGAGCUGGAAGGGCUGGACGCACUGGACCUGGAAAAUGUUAUAGAUUAUACACAGAAAGAGCUUACAGAGACGAAAUGUUACCCACACCUGUACCAGAAAUUCAGAGAACGAAUUUAGCAACGACUGUACUGCAAUUGAAAACAAUGGGUAUCAAUGAUUUAUUACAUUUUGAUUUCAUGGAUGCACCACCAGUUGAGUCCCUCAUAAUGGCCCUCGAGUCAUUGCACAGUCUCAGUGCUCUCGAUAACGAGGGAUUAUUAACGAGACUAGGUAGGAGAAUGGCAGAGUUCCCAUUGGAGCCGAAUUUAUCAAAAAUGCUGAUCAUGAGUGUUCAUCUUCAGUGCUCUGAUGAGAUAUUAACGAUCGUCAGUAUGUUGUCAGUGCAGAAUGUUUUUUACAGGCCAAAGGACAAGCAAGCAUUCGCAGAUCAGAAGAAAGCCAAAUUCAAUCAGACCGAGGGAGAUCAUUUAACUCUUCUGGCUGUUUACAACUCCUGGAGGAAUAAUAAAUUCAGUAAUCCCUGGUGUUACGAGAAUUUUGUACAGAUUAGAACGUUGAAACGAGCGCAGGAUGUGAGGAAGCAGCUGCUGGGGAUCAUGGAUAGGCACAAAUUGGAUGUUGUUUCAGCUGCAAAGAAUACAGUGAGGAUUCAGAAGGCCGUGUGCUCCGGAUUUUUCAGGAAUGCUGCCAAAAAAGACCCUCAGGAGGGAUACAGAACACUUGUUGACAGUCAAGUGGUUUACAUUCAUCCCAGUAGUGCUUUGUUUAAUAGACAACCUGAAUGGGUUAUUUAUCAUGAACUCGUGCAAACGACUAAGGAAUAUAUGAGAGAAGUUACGACUAUUGAUCCUAAAUGGCUCGUGGAAUUUGCCCCUGCUUUCUUUAAAUUCAGUGAUCCUACGAAAUUGAGUAAAUUUAAGAAAAAUCAACGACUUGAACCUUUGUAUAAUAAAUACGAAGAGCCUAAUGCCUGGAGGAUAUCCAGAGUUAGACGAAGACGGAAUUAAACUUUUGUACAUAAUAUUUUCUUUCGUUCCAUGUUUGCAGCAAUUAAUAAUUAUUUUUAUUGUAAA